AUGAAGGUACAGUGGGCUAAAUUGCUCGUCGGUGCCUCCAUUGGGGCAACGAACGCCAUGAGCCCCUUCAUGGAUGAAGCUAUGAGAUCCGACCGGGUUUCUGGUUACGGGAAAUAUGAUAAUCCCUCAUGGGAGCCUUCCUUCAACGAUGAGUCGCCUCCUCGCCAAGGCAUUCGAGUUCCACGCACCGAAUGGGAAUUGCAGUGCAGUACUUCCAGUGGCAAGUACGAAUGCAACAAUGUCAUAGAUGGCACUGAUGCCACGUCCUGGUACAGUGCCGUUGCUCCUGGCCCGCACAAUAUCACAAUCAACAUGAAAAACACGUACACCGUCAGUGCUCUUGUGGUUUUACCACCACUCGAUGCUACGCAGGAUCAGUUGAUCACUCAACACGAGGUGUACGUCAGCAACGAUGGAGAGAAUUGGAAGGGCCCGGUCGCAUACGGAAUGUGGCCAGACUCCAACAGACAGCGCAUGUCUGCCAUUGAGCCAAUAUCUGCGCGAUUUGUGAGGCUGGUUGCCGAUGCUCGUGAGAAAGGGCUCUCAUCGGUCGGAAUCUCCGAGCUCAACAUAUAUGCCACCCUAUACAACAUUCCUCAGGAUCCUAAGCGGGGAGUCUGGGGCCCUACACUUGACUUCCCUAUUGUGCCUGUCUCCGGUGCCCAGGAGGCCUCUGGCAACAUUGUUCUUUGGUCGUCUUGGACCUCCGACCAAUUCCACUCCACACCUGGAGGCAAGACCGCUAUGACCCGAUGGAACCCAUUGAAUAAUACCGUGUCCAAACGCAUUGUGACCAAUACCCAGCAUGAUAUGUUCUGCCCCGGUAUAUCAAUCGACGGGACCGGUAUGAUGGUUGUCACAGGUGGCAACGACGCUUCUGAGACGAGUCUCUACAAUUCGACUGCUGAUGUAUGGGUCAAAGGACCCCCAAUGAACAUUCGACGCGGAUACCAGGCAUCUACCACAAUGUCUGAUGGUCGUGUAUUCGUGAUUGGCGGCUCCUGGUCGGGAGGUUCCAAUGUUCGUAAAGACGGCGAAGUCUGGGAUCCAUACACUCAGACCUGGACAUUACUCCCGGGUGCCGUUGUCAAACCCAUGAUGACUAACGACAUGGAAGGUGCCUGGAGAGCAGACAACCACGGAUGGCUUUUUGGCUGGAAGAACGAGACAAUUUUCCAAGCUGGUCCCAGUAGGGCCAUGAACUGGUAUUAUACCGAAGGCAAAGGUGACUUCAAGGCCGCGGGAAACCGUUUAGAUGAUGAAGAUUCCAUGUCAGGCAAUGCAGUGAUGUUUGACGCUAUCGAGGGCAAGAUUCUCACGGUUGGAGGCUCUCCCGAUUACGAUAAGUCCUGGGCCACCAGCAACGCGCACAUCAUCACAAUUGGCGAGCCUGGUCAGAGGCCGACCGUGAGGCCUGCAGGAGAGAAUGGAAUGAUGCAUUCCGAGCGCGUCUUCCAUACAACCGUUGUCCUCCCAGACGGCAAAGUAUUCAUCGCGGGUGGUCAGACCUUCGGUGUCGCUUUCAACGAAGAGAAUGUGCAGUUCAUUCCCGAAAUCUACGAUCCUGAAACCGACACCUUUGUCGAGCUCCAACAGAACAACUUUGUUCGAGUCUACCAUACCAUCUCUAUCUUGCUCCCUGAUGGUCGGGUGUUGAACGGUGGUGGUGGCCUUUGCGGAAACUGCUCUGCCAACCACUACGAUGCGCAGAUCUUUACGCCACCAUAUCUUUUGACUGAGACUGGAGAGCCUCGGACCCGUCCAGCAAUCUUGUCUGGUGUUCCAGAAAAUACCAUGGUUGGCGGCGUGUUCAUGUUCCAGACUGACGGCCCGAUCAUGAGUGCCUCCUUGGUUCGUAUUUGCACCACCACCCACACUGUGAACACCGACCAGAGACGGAUUCCUCUACGUCCAAUCCCUCUUCCUCGCAGAAAGUUGUGUUAUGGAAUCAGACUUCCGAAAGAGCCAGGUAUUCUCAUUCCGGGUUACUGGAUGCUAUUUGUCAUGGAUCAGGAUGGUGUGCCUAGCAUUGCCAAGACUAUCAUGAUCACACUGGACAACAAGAAGACCCUUGACGUGCCUCAAGGCUUACUCGAUGAGUUUCAUGCGGCUGAGCAGAAAAAUUGCGGCAAAGAAGCAACGGAAUCUUUCUGGCCAUCCUGGAGACCAACAUUGGUUCUGCAGAUUUUGGGUCGACGCUAA